CGGCACCACCGGUGCUAACGAGUGGAAGGUGGAAGUAAGAUUAGCUCGUACUGCUAGAUUUCAUGACAGUGAGCAAUUUAUCGAGCACAAAAAUACCGUCUUGUUUCUUUUGCUAAUCGUAAAAGCUUACAUGUGCGCGCUAGAAGGCACGUCGUCGACCACAUAUUCGGGCAGUCAGGUGACUGCCGAGGUAGAUGUCUACUUUUUAUCCGUGCUUUAUGUGCAACGCUAGCUAACGGUAGCAGGCGGUAGUUCAUCCCCGUCGUGUAACAGCCACUCAACUUCCCCUCGUCUGUCCACGGGUUUCUGCCAACUUCCUACGAAAAUGCCUAUUCAGUUGACAAGUCAGGCAUACUGUAAAAUGCUUUUACACGCUGCCAAGUAUCCCCACUGCGCCGUGAACGGGCUGCUGGUGGCAGAGAAGACGAAGGAGAAAAAGAAAGACAGUCACAGUGAACCGGUCCUGUGUGUGGACUGUGUGCCGCUAUUCCACGGUACUCUCGCCCUGGCACCAAUGCUAGAAGUAGCUCUGACACUGAUCGACACUUGGUGUAAAGAAAAUAAUUAUAUCAUAGCUGGAUAUUACCAAGCCAAUGAACGCACAAAGGAUUCAAGACCCAACCAAGUUGCAGAAAAAGUGGCCGCGAGGAUUUCUGAGAACUUCAGUGACGCUGCGAUUGUUAUGGUGGACAACAGUAGAUUAACAAUGAGCUGCUUUGAGCCCAUUGUGGUCAUCUAUGAUCACCAUGAAAACAAGUGGAAAAGCAGAGACGUAACCCCUGACUGUUUCGAGGACUGGUGCGAAGCACAGAAGAUCACAUCUGCUCUGCUGGAGGGCAGGUCCUACGAGAACCUGAUUGACUUUGACAAUCAUUUGGAUGAUCUAAGGAACGACUGGACCAACCCUGUGAUCAACAAGUCCGUCCUGGAUCUGUGCUAAGGCCCUCUGUCAGGAGGAACCCUGGACACACACACACACACACAAUUAUUGCUGCCUUUUCAGCAUGCAUGCUACUUAUUGUGUAGCACUGGAGUACAGUAAUGCUGAAUAUCUAGUCUUUGUUCCAUCGCAAAGGCCUUCGUGCUGACGGGGUCUUCCGGAGCACUGACCAGUUGGGCCCACGUCUGUUAAGGGAAAGCACCAUAUGUGCACUAUUGGCACGUGCCCACCUUUACAAGGUGAUGCUGACGUGAUGAGGGCAGUUAUGUUUUUGAAUGCAACUUAAAUGUGUUUUUUUUUUGUUUUGUUUUUCUGCAACGGUUUGUGUUUAUUCAUAAUUGUGUGGAUUAAGUUAAAUUUAUUAGAGUAUUUGAUUUAUUAAAUUCUACGGCCAGAAGCCAUACAAAGAUCAAGUCCUAAAGUAUUACACAUUUUAGGUAUGAUUGUACUACUGAGAUAUGAUAUAAAUAUAUGUUCUUUAUUACAUUUCUAGUUUGUUUUAAGCACGGAAACAGAGUUCACAUGGCAGAACUAUAGUCUGAAGAUGUCCGUGGUCAGUUUCAUGAAAAAAAAAAUACAAAGAGAACGUAUAAAUGAAAGUGAGAGAGAGACAUGAAUUAAAGGUUUUGUCUCAUCAGACUGUAUGUCACACCAACUCCAGUCAUUCUGUAGAGGCACCUGCAAUAACAACGGGAUGAGUGAAUCGAGAGGUUCAACUUUUAAUAACAAAUGCAUACUCAGACAUUUCUAUGAUGCAUGUGAGCCGUUAUUGUCACCGGUGUGCUUCAGAAUUUCUUUCUGGAUAGUGUACAUGUAGGCGUAUCGGCUUUUCAUUGUUCAGAACAACAGUACAGUGAGUCAGAUUACAGGAGUGUGAAUUUUGUUUUGUGUUGGAUAUGUUUUAGGUAACAAUAUUUAUUUGACCACUCUAAAUCCUAUUAUUUAAUAAGCAAUGUUAAAAAAAGGUAAUAUUUAAUGUGAGGAUACAAAGCUACCUUUUGUAUUUGAGAUUAGAAUGAAUCAUAAUUAGUUCUUUGUGUGGACAGACAUUUUUUUACAGACAUUUUAUUAACUGAAUGUACAAUGAAACCGACUUUUGAAAUUAUCCAAAUCUCUGUCAGAUUCGUCAUUCGAUAACUCACAACAUUACCUCUAGAGUUUUUAGAAAAUGUUGAUUUAGUUUGAAUGGUAUCGCUUAAAAUAGCCUAUCAAGGGUUGUACUAACGCAUUUAUCAGUAACCCAUGUGUCAGGGUCAUUAUUCACUCUGCUAUUAUCCACUCAGGACAGGUAGAAGGGGAAAAAAAUAUUUUAUAUA